AUGGAAUUAAACCACAUUUUACUGCUUUCUAUCACUGGUACUGUUCUAGGAAGCACAUUCCAGGAAUUAUACAAGAAAGAAGAAGAAAACAAGGCAAACAUUUCGACAAUAAUGGAUCCAGUGGAGCCAAUUGAAACAAUGAGCACAUUUUUGGUAUAUAAAAUGAAAAAAGCAACUGAUGAGAUUGAAAUAACGGCUGUUGGAAUAGGAAAUCAGGAUGGUGAUGGUGUUCUAGUGAAGAAUUGUAUGAGAAUACAUUCCGAUCAAAUUCUAUCUGAUAUCAUGCGUGGUUUUAAGGAGCUCUUGUCAUAUGAUGAUGUGAAAACUGAGAUUGCAUUGGAUUCAAUGGAUUCAUUCAAGGAUAAGACCGAUAUAAAAUACGCUGGCUUCUAUCCAGUGAAUACGUUUCUCUCUGAUUUAAUUAAGCAGGCAAUCAUAGAAGCAAAGUUGGUGUUUAGAGCAAGAGGGGACCAUCGAGAAAUGCUUGACGGAUGGUACACGAAUGCAACCUUAGAUAUUUUUAGGAGGAUACUGAUGAAGGAGCACUUUAUGAUCCAUUUUGAGCGAGAGAAGUCUGAAUUCAGGCAACAAUUUGAAUUGCCACUAAAAGGUGAAUUCAUGGUUUUCUUCUGCCUGAAAAUUGAUAACAAUGAAUACAUCAGUGAUAUGAUGGUUGGAAGUACUGAAAAAAUUACAACCACGUACAAAAUAGGUCAGAUGGAACCAAAGAAGCCUACUCCACAGUCUGAUACAUCAAAACCACCCAGAAAGCUCCGAAACACUGCAAUUGUUCUUGGUGUUAUUUUGGCCCUGGUGAUCUUGCUGACUGUUAUUCACCUGAUUGUUCGCAAUAAAAUAAAGUAG